ACUCUCGACUGCAAAUUCAUGAGUGCGCAUUUCUUCUCGUAGACGGUCCAGUCCAGAGAGGAGAAACAGCCACCGAGUCGCGCCAUGGGGGACUAGUCUAUGAAGAAUAAUAAACCAGAUGUAUUUUCCCGUCCGUUCGGGCUGCGUGUGUUCGUGCUGUAGCGGAGCUGGACGUGCAGACCUGAAGAACAUCGCUGUGCGGGCGCUGUUGCUUCUAACGUUACCCAGCAGCCCCCAACAUGGCUGAGGAUGACAGUGAAUGGGUCGUAGAGAGCAUCGUUGGCUACCUGGGAAGUCCCGAAUGGGUCAUUCCUGUCACGGAUUUUAUGGAAAACAAAUGCACAGUUUUUGAUGACGAAGAUGAAAAUAAGCUAUCAUACACAGAAAUCCAUCAGCAGUAUAAGAAAUUGGUGGAGAAGCUGUUAGAGAAUUACAUGCAGGAGGUUGGCAUCAACGAGCAGCAGUUUCUGGAUGCGUGCACCUCUCCUUUUGCCAAGUCCAAAACUCUGCAGCCGGUGUUCCAGCCAGUUCUGGCCACAGAUGACUUCCAGAUGUUUCGCUCCCUGAUGGUCCAGAAGAACAUGGAGCUGCAGCUUCAAGCCCUCAGGGUCAUUAAAGAAAGAAACGGAGCCCUCCCAGAGUGUCUGACUGAUGGUGUGGAUGUGAUGACAGAGUUGCAGCAGCAAGAGAUGAAAAUCCUGCAGGAGGUUCUUAAAAAAUCAAAAGAGGAGUAUGAUGAGGAAAUGUCCAGGAGGCUGCUGUUAGAGGAAGAGAUUGGUUCUACGUCCAGCGGCUGCUCGGAUAAAUCAAUGGUAGAGAGCAGUGAGGCCCAGAAUACCAUCUCUGCUCCGAGCCAACAAAGCAACGCUGCCAAGAUCAAUGGCAACCCUGUUAGAAAAGAGGAGAGGAAGACUGCUCCAGAAGGUGGAGAUGAGAAAAGUGGAGCUAAGAGCAAGUCCUCGCCUAAAUUCAUAUCAGGUGGUGGCAGUAACAGUGUGGAGUCCAGAGUCCUCCCAGCAGUGAGAGCUCCAGUAAAGUCCGGUGAGCCCUCCAUCAGCAACAGCCCUCAUACCAAGGAGCCGAGCGGCAGCAGCCAGGCUGCAGCUGGCACGUGGCUUGAGGAGGCGCACAGGGAGGCUGGCUUCUCUAAGCCAUAUACGGAGUUGUCAGCGUCACAGCAGGAGCAGCUCCAGCAGAGGGCGGCGUAUCUGCGUGAGCAGCGAGAUAAGCUGCACGCACUGAAGAAAGAACAGCAGAAAACAAAGCAGACGGUCACACCUGAGGAGGCACCCGCCAACCCCACACCAGCACCCGCCACCACCCCCGAGGCAGUAGGGCAGUCCCAGAGGAAUGGGUCCUGUACCCCUCCUCUUCCUCCUCCUCUUCCUCCUCCUCCAGCACAACACUCUGCUAACUCCUCCAAACACAAGGAGAUAUCUGCAGAGGAGAAGAAGAAGCUACAGAAGAGAAAACAUCUGGCUGACAAGCUGAAAGAGGAAGUGAUCAAGAAAUAACUUCCCCUCCAACUGCAGUAUUUUCCUCAAUAUCCUAUCCUCACUCUGAUAAUCAAACUCGUGGCUUCCUUUGCACUGCCUCCUUCAGACAGAUAAUUCACUUUAUAUAACAUAUUUCAGGCUUUUUUCCCAAAGAAACACUAAGCAUGAGAUCCUCCUUCUUCCAAGUUCUUUUCAUGGCUGUCUACAGAAGAAAAAGGUGCAUCUUCUUUUAUAUUUUGGAUGAACCAGUAUGUGGCGGUCUCUGCUUAUAACAGACCACUCAAGUAUUCUGAGAUCUGUUAGAUAGUUACAGCUGUUUGACCAGGAAGUUGUCAGGCAAACUGAAACUCACACAUGCCAGUCAGGCAAUAUGCUGUCAGUGUUGUGUCUCCCGGAUGGCUUUUACUUGACAUUGCUAGAUGUCUGGCCUGUGUCCAAAGUCACUCUUCAUUUACCACUAAGUGCACCACAUUUACUUUAAUGACACUUCGGAGUGUCCAAAUUAUAAGUGCUAAAUUUAUGGACUAUAUAAUGUCCUCAGAAAUUCCCAUAUUGGAAUGAGAAAUGUGUUCAUGGUCCGUACACUGCUCGCUAAAAAUCUCUACAGCUGCAGUGAGUAUUCGAUUAAUUUUUCAGUUGAUCUGAAGAAAAUUAAUGUGCAACUGCUUCAAUCAUGACAGGUAUUUCCCAAGCAGAAGGGAACAGUGACUGAAGGAGUGAUUUUGGACUCAGCCCUGGGAUUCUUUCUCUGUAGACGACGGUCGGCCUAACUAAAUGUCAGAAAUGGGCCAUGUGGUCAAACAGAGACUUAACUUUGGACUCAGUUAUGUUGACUGGGGGGGGGGGGGGGGGGGGAUUCAGAUGUUGAAGGUGAAGGUAACGUUAACAAGCUCAAGUGUACAGUGUUGUUCUCCACUGUCGUUAGCAUUCCCAGAGCAGGUGGUAAAUCCUAUAGCUCAAAACACUGUAGCAGCUCAUCCUAGUCAAAGAGCUCUGUUGAAGUUGUAAUGAUGAACACGCUGUAGUGUGUUCUUAAAGGGGCCAAGAGAACAGUGUGUCGCUUUCUACGAGGAACGCUGUAUUUAUCUUCAAACAAAUCUGCAGUCUUCACUUUAAGCAAUCAUGAUGCACCAGUUUCUAUGUAAUACUGUUAUCAGGUAUGCUGUUUAAUAAAUCACAUUUUAUAGAAAC